UCGCUUACAGCAGAGGAGAGGAGGAGGUGUCGUUAAAUUGGGAGCUUUUACCACCUGAAUCCCAAACCCCACUGGAAAAUGAACUUAAAUGUAUUUUCGUGCGUCUCCGAGCUCCAUUGUUUUACGUUGCUACUGUUAACAGGACUGUACACUCCAGUGCGGGGGGAAAUCACCACUCUGGAUGCAGGAAACAUCGAUGACAUUCUUAAUAAUGCAGGGGUGGCUUUAGUGAACUUUUAUGCAGACUGGUGUCGGUUCAGUCAGAUGCUGCACCCUAUCUUUGAGGAAGCCUCUAAUGUGGUGAGAGAAGAAUAUCCAGACGCUUCACAGGUGGUGUUUGCCCGGGUGGACUGCGACCAGCAUACUGAUAUAGCCCAACGCUACAGAAUUAGCAAGUACCCCACCCUAAAGCUGUUUAGAAAUGGCAUGAUGAUGAAGAGGGAAUACAGAGGUCAACGGUCAGUAUCUGCCAUCGCCGACUUCAUUCGACAACAGAAGGUGGAUCCGGUCACAGAGGUCCACAACCUGGAGGAGAUCAACAAAAUAGAUAGGUCUAAACGAACCAUCAUAGGCUUCUUUGAGCAGAAAGAUUCGAGUAACUACCGUACAUAUGAAAGGGUGGCUAACAUCUUGCGAGAUGACUGUGUCUUCAUGGCUGCAUUCGGUGAGGUGGCUAAGCCGGAGCGCUUUAGUGGUGAUAAUGUUCUCUAUAAGCCGAUGGGUGAAAGUGUUCCUGAUAUGGUGUACCUUGGUUCACUAACAAACUUUGACCUGACAUACACAUGGGCACAGGACAAGUGUGUGCCACUCGUCCGGGAGAUCACCUUCGAGAACGGAGAGGAGCUGACAGAAGAGGGAAUUCCAUUCCUAAUCCUUUUCCAUCAGAAGGAUGACACAGAAAGUCUGGAGAAGUUCCAGCAGGAGGUGGCGCGCCAGCUGAUCAGUGAGAAGGGCUCAAUAAAUUUCUUGCAUGCUGAUUGUGAAAAGUUCCGACACCCUCUGCUGCACAUCCAGAAAACCCCUGCUGACUGCCCAGUCAUCGCCAUCGACAGUUUCCGCCACAUGUAUGUCUUCCCAGAUUUCAACGACCUUUCGGUUCCUGGAAAAGUAAGGCAGUUUGUGUUGGACCUUCACUCUGGAAAACUUCAUCGAGAGUUUCACCAUGGACCUGACCCCACAGACACCACCCCAGGACAGGAGGAGAACAAAGAAUUGGCCAGCAGCCCUCCAGAGAGCUCGUUCCAGAAGCUGGCACCCAGCGAUUCACGUUACACGAUCAUCAGGGGUCGGGACGAACUGUGACCACAUCUGACAACGCCACCUAGCCCAGAAAACCUGGCGGGCAGCCGCCGACGUCACCUCUAUUUUCAUAACUUUUAUUUUGAAUAAAAGAGAAGAUUAUGUCAAUUUUUUGUGGGGGGGAGGAGGGACGGAAAAGAGUGGUUUUACAUUUUAUUUUUUGGAGCUUGUAAAUAUGUAUGUGCUCUGUGGGUCAGUUUUGUCUAAAUUAAAUGUUUUUUUUUUGUUUGUUUUCUCAACCCCUAGUUUUUUUUCGGUUGUUUUUAUUUUGUAAGAAGUGGAUUGGCUGUCCUCCACUGGCGGGGUCCACACAGAUUGUGCUCUGGUGCAGGCGUGCAUGUUUGUGUGCGUGUGUGGGAGCACAUUGGUACUCGUGUCCAUUAGUCUGCAUUCUUACAUACUGCAGACUCGUCGGAAGUCCUCGUUCGUUACGAUCCAGACUCGGUAGUCUCAUAUCAGUCCAUUCCAUGAGGAUGGGUGGUGGGACAGGGGUUCAGGGAGGGGUGGGGCUGUAGAGCUUGUUUGUAAAUUGGUCAUGUCAGAAAGGGAAUGGAAACCAAAUCAAAUUAAAUUAAAGAAAAGAACCAAAACAA